AUGGUGUUCAUCGAUGACAUAUUGGUUUAUUCGAGGACUGAGGAUGAGCAUGACGAGCACCUUAGGAUUGUUCUUCAGAUUUUAAGGGAGAAGCAGGUCUAUGCUAAGUUCAACAAGUACGAGUUCUGGUUACGUGAAGUAACAUUUCUGGGUCAUGUGGUGUCUGUUGAGGGGAUUCGACCUAAACCUAGAAAGGAGUUCACGGUUUAUAGUGAUGCAUCACAUGUCGGUUUGGGAUGUAUGUUGGUACAGGAUGGUAAGGUGGUUGUAUAUGUGUCUCGUCAGCUUAAGACACAAGAGGUUGAGAAUGGUGGCACUACUAAUUUUGGGAUAAACAGUGAUGGGGUACUUUUAUUCCACGGUCAGAUUUGUGUACCGAAUGAUGAGGAUUUAAGGCAGUCGAUUCUAAGAAAAGCGCAUAGUAGUCCCUAUACUAUACAUCCCGGCGGGAACAAGAUGUACCGAGAUCUUCGGGAAUUGUACUGGUGGCUAGGGUUGAAGCGUGAGGUCAUCGUGGAUCAAUUGACCAAGUCUGCUCACUUUAUCUCGAUAAGGACAAACUUUUCUCUUAGGAAAUUAGCUAAGCUCUACAUAUUGGAAAUUGUAAGACUGCAUGGGGUACCUAUCUCGAUCAUUUCCGGUUGGGAUCCUCGUUUCACAUUUCAGUUCUGUAAGAAGCUUCAUGAGGCUUUAAGUUCAGGAUUCGAUUUGAUCGCUUUCUAUCCUCGACAUGAUGGUCGAUCGGAGAGUUGGGAGGAGUACUUGUCGUUAGCGGAGUUUGCCUACAAUAAUAGCUUCAAGUCUAGCAUCCAGAUUGCACCUUACGAGGCACUGUAUGGUCGUAAGUGUUGCACUCUUUUAUGUUGGACUGAGUUGGGCGAGCGACGUGUUCUGGGUCCUGAUUUGGUCUCUGAGACAGAGGAUAAGGCAGAAAUCGUAUGCAGAUUUGAGGAGGCGUGCGAUCGAGUAUUCUAUGAGGGACUUAGUUUUUCUCAGGGUCUCGCCAUGGAAAAAGGUUCUGAGUUAGAGUUACCUCCGGAGUUGGACCACAUUCAUGAUGUUUUUCACGUGUCGGUGUUGAGGCGCUACCGCUCUGAUCCCACGCAUGUUGUUUCUGUUGAAGAGAUUAAGGUUAGGCCAGACUUGACCUUCGAGGAGGAGCCAGUUUAG